CUCACUUGCGGCCCUCUGUCUGUCUCUUUCUUUUGUUUUGCUUCGUUACCAAGGCUACCGUCGUCGUCUUUUCAUGUUUAUUUAUGAGGUCAAUGAUUAUUCAUGAAAUCUGUGAAUCGAAAUCUCUCCGCAGAUGUUUGAUCUGGUACAGCCGUUUAGGAGACGUCUGGUAGAGCCGUUUAGGAGACGUCUGGUAGAGCCGGCGAUUUGACUUUGGACUAAAUAUUCAGUCUCACAUUGGCAGAGUUCUGAAGAGUAUCAGCAGUUCAUUCAUCCUUCACUUUGGUUUUCCACGUUGCUGAAUCCUUAGUCUUCCUUCAGUGUCACUGGCCAUAAUCAAACCCAUUUCUACCGAUAUCUUCUUGUUAUUGAAUAGUUUCCAUGUCAAUAAAAGGACAACUAUCGGUAUAAUCAAGAAGCCAUUUUCAAAACAGUUUAGCAGAAACUUCAUCAAAACUAGCAUUUAAAAAAAUCCCAUCACACACACAUUCAUCAAAUAAAAUCCUGAAAAUGAAUCGGAAAGCACAAAAUAGGUUACUACAUUUGACGCAGUACGUAAUUCGUAUCCGGCCCUAUCAAAAGAUGUCCACAUGGCAACAUGCAAAACAGUUGACGGGAUCAGCAAAAGAGGCGCAGCAUCAUCGGACGAGUCUUGCAGCAUGUCCCGUGUCUAUUCUCCCGCAGACGUCUGGCAGUCGGUCGUCGACCAUCACAUCGUUCACACGCAAUCGCAACCACUCAGCCGAGUGACUUGAAGAGUUUUUCCUUAACAAUCACGUCGGCCACAACAGCAAAUUGACCAAUCCGAUGAAAUAAUUUGAUUUGACCCUACCAGACCAGCAGAGAUAAAGGAAGGAAUGAAAUGUUUAUUCGUUCGUGAUCUCCUGGAAAUCAUUUGAGAGAUUAACUCUGCAUACAUCAAAGGAAAAAUGGUUUCACUCGUCCGUUUGGCCGCUUUGCUGAUCCUCCUCCUGACCGGUGGACUGCUGGCCGACAACAACAACAACAACAACAACAACAACCUGAUUGCUCCUUUGUCGGCCAAUCAACACGUCGUCCGUGUGACCGCCGCCGGCCCUCGAUUUCAAAAUGAAUUGCCGUCAGAGGUCACGUUCACUCCCGACCGAGGAUUCACGCUCGACUGUCCCGUCUGGGCCAAUCCGCCACCUCAAAUCAAUUGGCUCACAUCAAAAGGAAACGGCGGAAUGUGGACUGCAGUCGUGACGGAUUCUUCUUCUUCCGGCGGAGGCGGCAACAAUUUGAUGACGACGUCAGCCAACGGCAGUUUGACUUUUCACGAAUUCCGGCCGGAGCAUUUCCGUCCGGAUGUACACGCCGCCACUUACAGGUGCUCGGCCUUCAAUUCCGUCGGUCGCAUCCUCUCCACUCCCGUCCGCAUCCGCGCAGUGAUGUUGCCGCCAUUCGAAGUGACGGUGGAGAAUCCGCGAGUGGGUCGUGGCGGAACGGCCGUUUUCCGUUGCUCCUUUCCCGAUUCCGUCCGCGAUUACGUCACAGUCACGUCGUGGAUCCAGGACAAUCGAUACGACAUUUUCCUCACGUCCAGUCAAGACGGACGUCACGUGAUGUUGGCCAACGGUGAACUGCACGUGGUGGGCGUCCGUCAAGGAGACGAGAAUCAUUUGUACCACUGCCGGGUAUUGGUCCAGCCCAACGGGCAAACGAUGACCAGUUUGUCGGCCGGCCGAAUGAUCCUCAUCCCAGAUUCGGCCAUGACCAAAAUGGCGCCCGUCAUGGUGGACAGCGUUGGCCGGGUGAGAGUUUGGCGCGGGCAAGAUGCCGUCCUUCCCUGCGUCUUCCACGGUUACCCGCCUCCUAAAAUCAAGUGGUACAGGAGUCAGACGGUUCAAUACGGCAAUUUGCUGCUGCCGCUGGUCACUUCCGGCGCCGGAGGAGUCCAGCGGAUGUCGACCGAGUCGCUCAACACUCAUCCGCACCUCCUGAACUCGGCGGUGGGAGCCGCGGGCGGUCCGUCGGGGCGUCACCGUUUAAUUGGCGGCACUUUGAUCAUCACCUCGGUCGUGCCGGAAGAUGGCGGACGCUACGUUUGUUCCGUCAACAAUUCCAUGGGACUGGUCGAGUCCAGGACAGAGCUCGUCUUCCGCGACAAGUUGCACGUCCGCAUCAUCGAAUUCGCAUCCGCCGCCCAGGGGCAGCAGCAAAUCCAUUCGCAUUCCGGACCAACGGCCGACCAACACGUCCAGGUCGUCGACGCAGAGACUUCCGUCACCAUCACCUGCCUCUAUUCCGGAAGUCCCAGGCCGUCGGUGAGUUGGUUAAAGGACGGGCAGAGAUAUUUACUGGGCAAUAGUGGGCGGGUGUAUGUGUCAUCUGCUUCCGGGCCGGAAGACAACAUGAUCCAGCUAUCGAUCGCCUCCGUCCAACGGGAGGACGAGGGAAUGUACCAGUGCCUGGCCGCCAACGACGAAGGCGAUUCGGCCCAGGCGACGGUCCAGUUGGCCAUCGGGGCCUUUCCUCCGCACUUGAAGGAAACGUUCACCCGACAGAUUUUGCAUCCGGGCAGUUCGGUGUCGCUGAAAUGUUUGGCCUCGGGCAUUCCUCCGCCGCAUUUCACCUGGACCCUGGACGGCUCUCCGCUCCUGCCCAGCGUCUCUGAGCGCUACUUCCUGGGCCAGCAGCAGCAGGGUCAAGAGGACGCCGGCCAAGUGGUGGCCCAUCUCAACAUAAGUCACGUCCGCGUCGAAGACGGUGGCAAUUACAAAUGCGUGGCGGAGAAUCGAGUGGGUCGAGUGGAACAUUCGGCCAGUCUCCACAUUUACGGGUCGCCGUAUGUGCGGGCGAUGAGUACCGUGGUCGGAGUGGGUGGCAAACGACUGGAAUUGCCUUGCCCGGUGGCCGGCUACCCCAUUGAAGGCAUCACAUGGGAAAAAGAUGGGCGGCGUUUACCACUGAACGGGCGGCAGCGAUUGCAUCCGUUCAACGGGAGUUUGACGAUCGAUCCGCUGGACAAGAGCAGCGACGCCGGCCUCUACAGCUGCGAGGCCCGCGGACAGAACGGCCUCUCGGCCCGCCAGUCACUUCAACUCAACAUCCUCGCCCCACCUCGGAUCACUCCGUUCGGGAUGCCGUUGCGCAACGUGAUGGUCAAUUCGCGGGUGCAGGUGUCGUGCGUGAUCGAGGAAGGCGAUCCGCCGUUCCGCAUCCGCUGGUUCCGCGACGACCGGCCCCUCCUCCAUCAUCACGUUGCGUCAUCGGUUGGUCUCAGUACCGACCCGCCUUCCAUGGUCAGAUUACCACCGGUGCAAAGCGGAUUGCGGCUGACGGAUUUCAAUUCCUAUUCCUCCAUUUUGACCAUCGACCAGGUGACGGUCAAUCACGGAGGCAAUUACUCGUGCCGCGCUUCGAACGCCGCUGGCACGGCCGUUCACGCCACUUUGCUCCAAGUCAGCGUCCCGCCUUUCUGGGUGAAUCAACAGCCGCCGGCCGAAAUCCUUCAGACCGUCAGUGGCCACAGCGUCGAACUUAAAUGUCACGUCCACGGCGUCCCACCACCUCAAGUCGUUUGGUCUUUCGCCAAAGAUAAAAUGGCCGACAAGUAUUCGCCGAUUUACACCAGUUCCAACCGGACCCUACUGGCCAAUCAGAGUCUCGUCAUCAGUCCGGUGGAUGUGGCGGAUGCUGGAUUCUAUCAGUGCGAGGCGUCCAACGGAGUCGGCAACAACAUUAAUGCCCUCAUGGCCCUCCAAGUUCAUGCUCCGCCGGAAGUGCAUUUGAAUCAGGAUUACAUGGCAGUAAGAAGAGGAUCAUUAGCCGGAACAGUUUUGAAAUGUUCCAUCCGGGGAGAUCCGCCGUUGAACGUCCAGUGGCGCAAGGAUUCCAUUCCGCUGGAUGCGACCUGGUCUCAAUCGCGGAUCGUCACCCGAGCCCAGCCGCAGCCGCCCUCUCCGACUGCCGCCGGCCAAUUGCUGACGAGCGAAUUGAGCGUGACCAAUGCGGCUGCGGCGGAUGAGGGACUUUACGAAUGCGCCGCUUCCAACGUUUACGGAGAGGAUGGCGACGCCGUUUUCCUCCAAGUCCAGGACGUUCCGCAACCGCCGCUAGAUGUCAGGGUGGCCAAUGCCGCCGGAAGGAGGAUCCAGCUCGAGUGGAAACCUCCAGCGGCCGACGGAGGCAAUCCCAUCCAGGAAUUCGUCGUCUUCUACCAGUCGCCAAAUGGCGACAUCCGGCAGGAACGAACUUCGGCCAAUCAAUUGACGGGCUCCAUCGUCAACUUGCAGCCGGCCACCGUCUACCAAGUUUACAUGACGGCCUCCAAUUCGCUGGGCCAGAGUCAGCCCAGUCUGGGACUGACGGUCACGACGGAUGAAGAGGCCCCGGAAGGUCCGCCCCUCCAGCUGGGCGCCACUUCCGUCACAUCCAACGGUUUCACGCUCAGCUGGGCACCGCCGGCCGCCCAACUCCAAAACGGACUGAUUCAAAGUUACUUGGUGACGAUCGAUUCCGGCCGGAUGCUCAAUCGGACCGUUUUGCCGUCGUCGUCCGGCACCAGCAGCUACGAGUACACGGUAGCCGGACUCAGACCCAACACCAAUUACAUGGCCUACGUCCAGGCCGUCAAUAACCAGGGAACCGGACCGGCCAGCCCAUCCGUUUCGGUCAAAACCGGCGAAUCCGCGCCGGAAGAAGCUCCGCUCAACGUCGCCUGCGUCUCACUCAGCUCGCAGAGUCUGCAAAUCACUUGGCAGCCGCCGCGUCCGGAAUUCCGCAACGGAUUGCUGCGCGGCUACCGCAUCUUUUACGAGCCGCUCAAUGAAUUCCUCCUGUUCCUCGCCGGAACGCCGGAACAAACGGAUCUCGGCCAGGCUGGAUCGUCUCAAACCACCACGGAAUUGACCGUUUUCCUAUCGGGACUUCAGAAAUUCUCCAAUUACAGCAUACAAGUACUGGCUUUUACUGGAUCCGGCGACGGAGUGAAGAGUGUCCCACUGACGUGCACGACGGAAGAAGACAUUCCGGAAAUGCCGACUCGAUUGAAAAUCGUCCAGAGCGGAGCGGACAGUUUGACGGUCAGUUGGUUGCCGCAUCCGCGCCCGACCGGCCGGAUCACGCACUUUACCGUUUACAGCAAAGAGAUUGAACGCGGCCAGGACGUCAAUCCGCAAAAAUGGACGGCGCCAGCCAACGGCCCGUCGUCCGGCCGCUUGGAAAUCCGCAAUUUGAGACCGAGACGGGCCAUUUUCUACUUCCAAGUGGCGGCCGUCAGCAGCCAGGCCGGCGAGGGUCCACGCAGUUCGACCGUCAGUUUCACUUUCAAUCCGACCAACAAAAUCGUCGCUUCCGUCGUAUCCAUCGGCUCAGAUUACUUGGCGGCCCGCGGCUCCCGGCUGAUCCUUCCGUGCACGGCCCUGGGCGACACGCCCUUGCAAAUCAGUUGGUUCCAGGACGGACGCCAACUCAGCGACUGGCUCAAUUUGAAUCCGUUGAAACUGGGCGAGCAGAUCCAGCAGCCCUGGAUCCAACCACCUCCGCCGCAACAGCCACCGGAAUCCGACGAAACGGCCGCUGGAUUGAUUCAAGUCCUCACCAACGGAUCCUUGUCCGUCGGCCGGCUGAGCGACACCGCCGGAGGCAAUUACACCUGCCAGGCCCGCAACCGACACGGCCAGGAUCAGGUGGAUUAUCUCCUGACUGUCGUCACUCCUCCGCCGGCCCCUCAACUCCGUUUCGCCGCAUCCAACUGGUCAUCCAUCACUUUGCAGUGGUCCAGCAAUAACAAUCCGGCGGAGAAAAACAACAACCGGACCAGAGUGUCGACGCCCAAGAAUUUCAUCGUCAAAUAUCGGCCCAGAGAUUCCGGAUGGACGGAAAAAAUUCUUCCGGCCGUUUGGAGAUCCGUCCCCAUCGGCGAUCUCAAUUGCGGAACGGAAUACGAAUUCCUGCUCAUCUCAUCCAGCCGGGUGGGCAAUAGUUCGUCCAGCAAUUUGGUGGCGGCCAAAACCAAAGGAUCUCCGCCGGAAUAUUUGCCCGUCGACGACGAAUCGGAUUUGAUUUUGACUCCAACUUCCUGCACGGUCGAUCUGAUCCAUUGGCAGGAUCGCGGAUGUCCGAUCCAGCAAUUCGUCUUCCGCUUCCGGCUGGCCACCGAUUCCGUCAGCGAAUGGAUCAUCGCCGGUGCGGAAUCGCCACCCCAGCAGACGUUCCUCCUCGGCGGAUUGAUUCCGGCUCGCGAUUACGCCGUCCGCGUCACGGCCAUCAACGCGGCCGGAUCGGCCCAGAGGGACUACACCAUCCGGACGCCUCCGCUGAUGGAUUCGCACAGCAGAUCGGUGGCAUCCGGCAGCGACAGUUUGGGCCCCUUGUUCUCCGAUCCUCGGGUGGCCGUCCCCAUGGCCGUCUCGUCGCUGGCCAUCCUGUUGACGGUCGUGACGCUUUUACUCCGCUAUCGCUACCGAUCCGGUGGCGAUUACAUCCGCCCGGAUUCCCGGCCGCCGACCGGCAACAUGAACGUUCGCACCUACGCCGAUGGAGGCGAGACGCCGGAAGACAGCAACAACAGCACCUUGUCCGGCUGCCAGAAGCGUCCGCCACUUCCGAUGGAUUCGUGCGGAUUGAGCGACUACGGCGGAGCGGAUCAAGUUUCCCCCUACGCCGUUUUUCCCAGUUUGAUGUCAUCCGGCGGAAAAAAUUCUUCCAGUCAAUUCUCUUCCAGCCGCCGGAUGAAGACGUUUGUCGUCGACGGAUCCAAAGAUUCGCUUCCGGUCGAGAUGAGUAAUUACGCUCCGCCCCCUCCUUCCAUGAUCCGGCGGAUGCAGCAGCAGCCGGAAGAAGAACCGACCUACGAUUACAUCGCCCCUUGCGCAACAUCCGCCGCUGCCGGAAGAAGCAACAAGCAAUUGACGAGUAAUCCGCAAUCGGUAUUCGUUCCCAUCAUUCCGGCGCGGAGUACGUGGAACCAGCAGCAGCAGCAGCAGCACUACGGGCCAACUCGUCACGGCGGCCAUUCGUCGUCUCCGCAUUACCACGGCGACUGGAACAAUCAAGAAACUUUGGCGCUCAGCCAACGUCUCUAAAAAUCAAACUUGAUCUCAUCACAUUUUGUUUUUAUAUUUGUUGUUACCUCACCCCUAUUACAAAAUGGCCGAAUUAUUUACAAAAAAAAGAAAAAAAUUUGUUUGUGCAUGGCCAGUCUUUCAUGUUGAUCGUUUACAUGUCCAAGACCUGAUUUUUAAUUAUGAUAUAAUUAUCUGAUGUUUGUUCCAUAUUAUUAUACCUAUUACACAAAAAAUCAUAAAUAAUAAAUCGAUAUUAGAAAUCGUCA